AUGAAGACAACGACUACAACGUCAUCGAACAAGAAGAUGAAGACAACGACUUCGAAAUGGACCCUAACUUCACUUCCCGAGGAUCUUGUAUUGUCGAUCAUCGCACGCGUCCCAAUAUUAUUCUAUCCGAUUCUCUCACUCGUCUCCAAGAGCUUUCGAACUCUCGUGGCUUCACCGAGCCUUUACAAGGCCAGGUCACUCUUGGGCCGCAGGGAGAGUCGUCUCUAUGUGUGCGUAGAUGUAUGUGAUUAUUAUAAAAACGGCCCUAGCUGGUUCACCCUCUGCCGGAAACCUGAUGGAACCAGUAGCAGCAGCAAUAAGGAAGACGUCAAGUCAGGUGAUUAUGUUUUGGCUAGAGUCCCAAUUCCCCAUUCUCCUUGGGUUGCGUCUAUGAGUCUUGUGGCGGUUGGUUCUGAUAUCUAUAACGUUAGCGCACUCGAACCCCACAGUAGGAGCUCCUCUAGUGUCUCGAUUCUUGAUUGCACGUCUCACACGUGGCGCCAGGGUCCAAGCUUGCCCGUUGAGCUAUUUAGAGUUUCCGCUACCCUCCUUGAUCAAAAGAUUUACGUAGCAGGAUUAUGCGAAGAAGAAGAAGAAGAUGGCUCGGAUUCCAAGAAGAACUCCCUCGCGGUUUUGGACACAAAAACACAUGUAUGUGAUGUGGUGCCUGUCCCACGCAGCUUGGGAAACGGCAGAGAUGUCUCCCUAAGCACAUGUGUUGGCGGAAAGGUCAGCCUGGUGAUUGGGUCAAAUGUGGUUGAUUACAAUCCUACGCAAGGAAGCUGGGAGGAGGUCGGAGACUCCAUGCCCGUAUAUAUGCGUUCACGUUGUUUUUGCAAGGUAGAUGAUGUUUUGUACUCGUGUUCUUAUGACCGAGUGUUGAGAUGGUAUGACCCUGAGGCAAGAACGUGGAACCAUGUCAAGGGUUUGGUUGGACUACCCAAGUUACCUCGGGGUACUUUUGCUGGAAUGGCUGAUUAUGGUGGAAAGCUAGCUGUUUUGUGGCACCAGAUUUGCUUCGAUAGGGAGAUGCUUUGGUGUGUGCAGAUUGCGCUUGAAAGGCCCAAUACUUGUGAAAUUUGGGGGAAUGUGGAGUGGCGUGCUCGUGUGCUUGAUGUCCCUUACUCUUCGCUCACUUCUUUUCACAAGGUUCUUUCUGCUACUCUCUGAUGGAUGAAUGUGUCACAAUGCUUCAACCGCGUCUUCUUUUUGUGUGUAUGCUAGUGUAUAUUUUUAU